AGUGGCCAGACCGCCAGGGACACAGAUGGCAGCGCGAACAGGAGGAGUAUCUAACGGGACAUGCUGCCAGAUUAAUCUAUUACAUUUCUGACUGCUGGUGAGGGUGUGACAGUGUGAGGCAUCACCAUGCCUCUGGUGAAGAGGAACAUCGACCCGCGCCACCUGUGCCGGGGGGCGUUGCCAGAGGGCUUAGGCAGUGAACUGGAGUGUGUGAUGAACAACACCCUCUCCUCCAUCAUCCGCCAGCUCAGCAGCCUGAGUAAACAUGCGGAGGACAUCUUCGGAGAGCUGUUCAAUGAGGCCAACACAUUCUACCUGAGAGCCAACUCCCUGCAGGACCGCAUCGACCGCCUGGCCGUCAAGGUCACCCAGCUGGACUCCACCGUGGAGGAAGUCUCUCUGCAGGACAUCAACAUGAAGAAGGCUUUUAAGAGCAGUACCGCCCAGGACCAGCAGGUGGUAUCCACGAGGAGCGUUCCCAUCCCUGUCAAGGAGAUGUACAACCUGAGUAACAAACCUCCACCUCUCAACAUCCUCUCCAAAUAUAGGGAUGACCACAAGGAGGGGCUGAAGUUCUACACUGACCCCUCCUACUUCUUCGACCUGUGGAGAGAGAAGAUGCUGCGGGACACGGAAGACAAGAGGAAGGAGAAGAGGAAGAACAAAGAGCAGAAGCGUUGUGUGGACGGGACGUUGCAGAGGGAGGUGAAGAAGGUGCGUAAGGCUCGUAACCGUCGCCAGGAGUGGAAUAUGUUGGCCCUGGAUAAGGAGCUGAGGCCUGACCACCACCACACACACUCUCUCCACCGGGGGGCCACCUGCGAGGGAUCACUAUCCCCUGAGAUGAGGGGUCUUGGGCCUGACCACCACCAACGCCACUACCCUCACUCAACCAAUCAUGCUGGUCACGCGCACACGUACUCCGGCCCGCCUCCCAGUCUCCUGGCUGCUCAGCUGGCUGCUCAGGGAAACGCCACUCUGGACCAUGCCUACAGGGGAUACAACCUGGGUCGCCCCCACAAUGCUACACCCCGUCUCCCUCCCAUUGAGAACAUGAAUGGAUCCAUGUCUCUACGACCUGUGGACUACAGUAUGGAGGGAUAUGGAAACGGCUCCCCUCCUCCUGCUCCUCUCAUGCCAUCUGCACAAUCUGCCUUUGCCACGCCCCCCGGAGGCCCACUUCCUCUUCCAGGUCUAAUGGGAUCAGUUGGUGUCUAUGCCCUGCCCCCACCGCCAAUCGCUGGGUCGCUGGUGGCUCCAAUUCCCCCAAUGCCUCCGCCCCCUCCUCCAGGCUCCUCCUACUCUACCACUCCCAAGAUGUCCUCCGUGCCCCACAAUGCCCAGCCUGUUAAUGAUGCUCGUAGUGAUCUGCUGGCUGCCAUACGCAUGGGUAUCCAGUUGAAAAAGGGUCAGGAGCAGCAGGAACAGCAGGCUAAGAGAGAGCCUGUAGGGAACGACGUGGCCACCAUCCUCUCCAGACGCAUCGCUGUCGAGUACUCCGACUCCGAAGAUGACUCAGAGCUGGAAGAGAACGACUGGUCCGACUAACACACACACACACACACACACACACACACACACACACACACACAUCACUCACUCAAAAGCUGAAAAGCACAUACAUGUGCACGUUCACAUCCACACAAAAAAUAAACCACUAAAUGGUUCACUGAGUGUACUAAACAUGAAUAACACAUUCCUAAUAUCAAGUUGCACCCCCCCUCCUCCUUUUGCCCUCAGAACAGCCUCAAUUCGUAGGAGCAUGGACUCUACAAGGUGCUGGAUGUCCUUUGGGUGGUGAACCAUUCAUGAUACAUGUUAAAAUUGUUGAGUGUGAAAAACCCAGCAGUGUUGCAGUUCUUGACACAAACAUGUGCGCCUGGCACCUACUACCAUACCCGUUCAAAGGCACUUACAUUUUUUUGUCUUGCCCAUUCACCCUCUCAUUGGCACACAUACACAAUCCAUGUUUCAAUUGUCUCAAGGCUUAAAAAUCCUUCUUUAACCUGGCUCCUCCCCUAUACCGAUACUGAUUGAAGGGGAUUUAACAGGUGACAUCAAUAAGGGAUUAUAGCUUUCACCUGGAUUCACCUGGUCAGUCUAUGUCACAGAAAGAGCAUGUUUUGUACAUUCAGUGUAUAUACUGUCAUUAUAAAGAGAACAGUUGUCUAUAGUUUCCACAAACUGCAGUGCAUGCAUAGUAAGCAGAAUUUAGUGCAUGUUUUGUUUUGUACACUCAGUGUAUAUAUACCAACAAAACAUAAACAAAAACACACACAUACAGGAUGUAUUUGUACAUGAUAUAAGCUGGGUGACCCCUGGUCACAUGUAGCACUGCUGGUAAAUCAGACUCCUGCAUCAGCCGCUGAAGGGUCCAGAACUGGACCUCUAGCGGUGUACUCAAGAUGCACACUAUCCAGUUCAGCUGCUAUACUGACACUAAUUGCAACUAAAUGUUCAAUUCAAUACUAUUACUGUUAACAUUUUAAAACUCUCAAGCAAUGCUCGGGGCAUCUUGAAUACACCCCAGGAGACCACAGUGUGUCUCUGUAUAAUAUGUUAUCCAUAAUAACACUAGUAAAGCCCUGUUUGUGGCACCCCAGGAGUGGCACUCAUCUCAUGUAUAGUUACAGUCUUAAUAAGGGCCUUACUUAGAGAACCCCCCCUUGGGAAGACAGUCUACGUCUUUUUUCUAAUGUUUUUACUGAAACACUUCAUCUAGGACUGAGACCAAUUUUUAUGUGUAGAUUAUAGCAACAGGAAGAUGAAGAGAAGUCAAAAGAAACAGCGUGGACUGUGCUGGUCAGGGUAGCGUUCUGAAGGAACCGUGUGGACUGUGCUGGUCAGGGUAGCGUUCUGAAGGAACCGUGUGGACUGUGCUGGUCAGGGUAGCGUUCUGAAGGAACCGUGUGGACUGUGCUGGUCAGGGUAGCGUUCAGAAGGAACCGUGUGGACUGUGCUGGUCAUGGUAGCGUUCUGAAGGAACCGUGUGGACUGUGCUGGUCAGGGUAGCGUUCUGAAGGAACCGUGUGGACUGUGCUGGUCAGGGUAGCGUUCAGAAGAAACCGUGUGGACUGUGCUGGUCAGGGUAGCGUUCAGAAGGAACCGUGUGGACUGUGCUGGUCAGGGUAGCGUUCAGAAGGAACCGUGUGGACUGUGCUGGUCAGGGUAGCGUUCAGAAGGAACCGUGUGGACUGUGCUGGUCAGGGUAGCGUUCAGAAGGAACCGCGUGUGGACUGUGCUCGUCAGGGUUUUGUUGGAACAAAUGGGAGAAGAUGUUUUGAAAGCGUUUUCCUACUGUGUUCCUUCUGAAGGCGACAGGUGUGUGUGAGGGAGUGGCCUGAGAGGGAGGCUGUAUUCCAUCAUCCACACUCGAACAUUACCCCAUGUGCUACACUUAGGAGGAUGCACAGCCAGCAUCGUUUCCUUCUAAGUGGUACUCUAGUAUGGAUAUUGGAACGUAGAGUGAGUGAGUGAGUGAGUGAGUGAGUGAGUGAGUGAGUGAGUGAGUGAGUGAGUGAGUGAGUGAGUGAGUGAGUGAGUGAGUGAGUGAGUGAGUGAGUGAGUGAGUUUGUGUUGUGAGAGCGUCUGAUUGGAGAUAGGGAAGGAUGAAAGGAGGCUUAAUGGAUAACAGCUGUCUAAUCGCUUAGUGAUGUCUAGCAGAGAUAUGGAAGAUGAAGAAUAGAUUGGAUUGUGUUUAGGGUUGUCAUGGUUAUUUUUAGUGUGAACUCUGUAAACGUUGAACUCUGUGACCCUGAGAAUAAAUACAAAUAUGAGGAAUAACAAUUGAUAUUCACAA